AUGAAAUUUGAGCUUGAAAAUAGGUUGGAAGAUAAUAACGAUAGCCCAUUUAUGCCUUUAAAUUUCUCGGCCUUUUAUUAUAGCUGGGUAUUAAAUAAGUUUGGAGCAGAUGCUAAAAUUACGAAAUGGUGUUUUAAUGAUAUUUUAGAAAAAAUAAUUAAGGUUGAUAAUUUCAUUAAACAAAAUCAACAUUAUGUUUUAAGUGAACAACUCGAAAGUAAUUUCAAAGAAAUAUAUGACGCUUUUAAGAAUUAUUCCAAUACUAAAAACUUCUUUGAGCCUUCUCACUUGAAGAUUAUCAAGGAAGCUACUCACUUCGAUAUAAUCGAUGGAUUAAAACAAUAUUUAACUAAAUUAUUUAUACAACAAUCUCAAGUUUCCGUCGAAUCUUUGAAUAAAAUGAAUAUUGACAAUAUUUCAACACCUAGGCAUAAACGAAAGCGGGAUGAUCAAGAGUUGAAUAAUUGGUAUAACGAGUUAAGGAAAUUACAUGAUGACUUGGACAUUUCAGAUGAAUUCGGUGAAUUUUUAGAGAACAUUUGGGAAAUAAUUAAUGAUUCAGACUUUGUAUUAAAUCGUGAUGUGGACGAAAUCGAUUUUCAAAGAGAAUCUAAAAGACACAAGAAAAGCGAAAAAAAGGAAUAG